GUCUUCCAUCCCUCUCUGUAUUGAUUUCUUCCUCAAACAACAAUGGCGAAGAGUAAAAUCAACCUCCCCUUCUCCUUUUUAUUACCCAGCUGCGGAAAUUAACAACACUAUCACUAUUCAUUUCUUUUCCCUACCUUGUUGAAGACGAUGAUACUGAAACCCCAUGAUUUGAAUCUCAAUAACAAUCACUAAGGAAACACAAUUCUCUAAUUUGGUGAUGGAGAUUGGAUUAACCUUUUUAUUGAGAGCAUUAUGGGUUGCAGCCAUACUUCCUAUCCUUGUUGCAUCCUUACCAUCAUCUAAGCUUCAAUCAUUUCACCAACUCUUGCUCGGAUUUGCUAAGAGGGGGAAGAUCAUGCAAUCAUCUUCAUAUAGCUUCACUUUGCCACAAAAACAUUUCUGUCUUUUCUAUAUCUUGGGGGUGACUUGGACUACCUUCUUGCUUGCAACCACUUCCUUUUAUGCAUAUCAGACUAUUCUGUUUCUGUAUGAGCCAUUGGAAUUAUCUUCUGUUGCGAGCCAUCUGACUGGAUCGAGCAGCUCUAAACACCACGUAUAUGCUGCAACCUCAGUUGAUCAUAGGGAUAUUGUUGUGCGGUCUAUAUUCCUGCUUGUAUUGAUGGAAACUCAAGUAGUGAGACGUCUUAUUGAAACAAUAUAUGUGUUCAACUAUAGUCCUAAAGCUCGGAUGCACAUCUUUGCAUUCCUCGCCGGCAUAUUUUUCUAUAUUGCUGCACCUUUGUCACUUUGCUGUUCAAUUGCACCAGAAGUAUUUAAGUUUAUGAAGAAUCAAGUGUUUCAGUUUAUUAUGGUUAGAGAAAGCCAUGUCACAUCAACAACUGAAUUUAACUUAUGGGAACUCCUGAUUCUAGUUCUGAGUGUAAAAUGGUAUUCUUGGAUUGGAAUGGUGAUUUUCUUCUGGGGUUGGCUUCAUCAGCGCACUUGUCACGAAAUUCUUGGUUCGUUGAGGAAGAGACCGGGUCAAGAAGACGAGUAUGUAAUUCCUCAUGGAGACUGGUUCAAAUACGUUUCAUCUCCCCAUUAUCUGUCUGAAAUUGUCAUAUAUGCUGGGAUUGUGGUUGCUAGCGGUUCAUCGGAUCUCACUAUUUGGCUCCUUCUCGCAUUUGUGGUAGUGAAUCUUGCAUUUGCAGCGGCAGAAACGCAUAGAUGGUACAUCCGCAAGUUUAAUAACUAUCCUCGUAAACGGUUCGCCAUUAUCCCCUAUGUUUGGUAGUUGAAGUUGAGUUGUAAUUAACCUUAAAAGUUUGUUUGUUAGAUGUUAAUAUUGUAAGAUUUUGUCUAAUGUGACCGUCAUUAGUUUCACAUGUUGCUAUUUA